AUGAGUGCAAUAUUUUUAUUUGAAGAUGGACAUGGAAAUGUCGUUGAUGAGAAUGGAGGCCCUAAACCCAUGGAAUAUAUCGUUGAUCAGAAUGAAUUUAUUGUAGCGUCGAUUGCGACUCAUAGCGAGUACUUGAAAAAUAUGCCCUCUUGUGAAUCUUCAUCGGUUUGUCCAAUGUUGAUGGAAAAGCCAAAAGAUGAAGACAUCCGUAUGAAAGAAGCAGACACAAAACGUGAUUAUGUGCGGUACACCGUUCAGGAUAAGGCUCGAUUUUUCGACCUGAAGAUUGAAAAAGUGUAUGAGCGCAUCAGCUGCAGCGAAGCAGUUGGUAUUUUCGAGUUUUGUAAGCAGGUUGGUCGUAAAUGUAUCUUGAGCGAAGAGCAUAAAGCUGCUGUUAUCGACUUCAUUGAUGCUAAUCCUUUUGCUGCUGUUGUUGAAGUGACUGAACAUUUGUUGAAUCGGUUCAAUGAUCUUAAAGUUUCACGUAGCACUGUUUAUAAUUUCAUGAGAAGUGAGUGCAAUCUUUCUUUGAAGAAAGCUGACUUCCAUUCUAUCGAAAGAAACAGCCCAGCAAAGAUUGAAGAGAGACAUGAUUGGGUUCGUAAAUGGGAAAAUACUGAUAUGCAUUUUUUGACGAAUUGCGUGUUUCUUGACGAGUCAGCUUUUGAUAUCAAUAUGAAACGCUCAAGAGCUUGGUCCAAAAAAGGUACGCGCGCCAUUGUUACUCGGCCUACUACGAGAGCAAACACAACAUCGAUACUGGGUGCUAUCUCAGCUGCAGGUUUGAUCACAAUUGGCGUAAAAAAAAACCAAGACCUGCAAAGAAGAGAAAGACGGAAGGGUAUGUAA